AUGAAUUCAAAGAAGGUUCCAGAGAAUGGACCAAAUAUCUCAGCCCAGAAUCAUGCCUCCGGCUGCCAGUAUCUGGGCCCUGGCGACGGUGAUCAGAAUGUGGUCAGCAGCGAUGGUGUUCAGUUGAACGACCGCAGUGACCGUCGACAGUAUAACAACACAUUCGCACUGCACUGUGGUCAAGGGAUCCCACCAGCUUGGAACUUGGCUGAGAUAUUCAAAGAGGGACACAGGCCACCUGAGCCGACGGGUAGGGAAACUACUGUUUAG